GGCGCGCCUUUCGCAAAAGUUACGAGCUGUUUUUCUUGAGCCCCGGCACCCGCAAGGAGCAGACGCAGAGAUGAAUGCACGCUCUUUGGCACCCACUCCCACCUCCAAGACCUUGGCCUAUUACUUUAAAAUAUACCAGAGUCUGUUUUCGCAGCCGCCGCGGAUCUGCCAGUCUAAGAUGUUAGACUUUAAGAAAAAAGUCACCCCGGUGUUCGAUCCUGAUCUCAUCAUUGACCACUGCUUCAAGCAGUUCAAGCAGAAGGACUUCCGCCUGCCAGAGAGCCGCCGGAGGAUCAUCAUCCUGCCUCAGAGGCAGGAGCAGGUGCCCGUGGACCCCACACGCAAGCCCGAGGCAGCCCCGCAACCCAUCCCCAGCUUCAAAGCCCUAGAAAAUGGUGACCUGCAAGAGCAGCCGGAGGACAUCAGGACCUGGCUGAACCGCAGGCUGAAGCUGCGGGCGGAGCUGGAGUCAUUCGGUGACUUGAAGAGAUGGCUGGACAACAAGCCCUGCAUUUCGCCUUCGGAGGCCAAAGUCCUGCACCCCACCCGGGAGGAGCCCAAGUCCCAGACGGACCUCAGCGUGCACACUCUCAGGGCCACCAGGAGAAGAAUCUUUGCAGCCUCUUACAGAUCGAUACCCCGACUCCGGCUGCCCAAGCCCUCUGCACUGUCCAACAUGUACGCCUACCUGCAUGGCCACAAGGUCAAGAUCCUGGAGCUCUUUCAGAAGACAGACCAAAAUGAGAACCAGAGCAUCUCCAGGGAAGAGUUCAUCAUGACUCUAAAGACAAUCGGAGUCCCUCUGAGUAACCAGGAGGUGGAGGACGUCCUGAUCUACCUCAGCUCUCUUGGGAAGCAUGAUGCCAUCACCCCGGAGAUCCUGGCCCACACCUACAAGCAGUGGUCUCUGGCUCAGCAGAAGAGCACCCCGCAGCCGGGAAGAGAGUGUUACGACUUGGAUAAGCAGAAAAGUUCACUCGAUAAGCAGAAGGAUUCAACCUCGCACGCUCCUGGGAUGGACCUUCUGAUGGUGCCCCAGGUAGCCGUGGAGACAGAGGCACGGCCCAUGACCUGGGAGGAGAUGGAGGAGGUGGGCAAGCGGUACCGCGAGAAGCGGCAGCACAAGCUCACCAUACCCUCCAUCCACUACACGGAGUGCUGCCGCCUGGUGCGCAGCGGGAAGGAGCAGCUGGAUGAGCACUGCCUGCCGUCCACCAUCCCGGGGGACACUCAGGAGCUCCUCAACGCGACCCGCAAGCACGCCUUUCUGGUCUACCUGCAGUGCUGGAAGCUCUGUGAGUCCCACGGCCUCCCGCUGACGGAGGACAUCCUCAUGCGAGCGCUGCUGUACCCUGGAGACAAGAUCAUUUUCCAGAAGAACCAAGUGCGCCCCAUCCGGCAGCCCGGAGGCUUCUACUCUGACUGGAAGAUCACCCCGAAACCGGCUCAAAUCGGGGGCCAGGGCCUCAAGAAGUCUGGAGCCAGGAGGUCUGAUAGGUCUGAAGCCAAGAGGAAAACAUUCAGAAUCAAGAAAAUGUGCUUUAAGGACUUUGAGAGAUUCGCCAGGAGGCUGAAGAAGAGCCACGGUAGUUCCCAGAGAACUCACCCGAAUUCCUUCUGGCCAGGUCACCUUCUGGAUAAGCUGAGGCUCUACCUGCCCACUGUGGCCAAGGACAACAGCCUGGCACUCUUCAGUUGUGUCCAACACGAGCGCCAAGUCUACCCCGCCAUCUACCACCCUAACCGCUGGUGGCCCCUGAGGGACACCAGUUACAUGACCCGUGCCCAUUAUGAUUCCACCAAGGUGUACCACAUCAGCUAGGGCCAGAGCCGGCCAUCCUGAGCCAGGGGCCAGGCCAGCCAGGGGCCCUGCGCCAGAGACACAGGAGUGUCAAGAGCCAGAAAAAAUAAAUCAUUUCAGGGGGAUGGCCUGGACCAGCUCCCUCUGGGUCACAAGGUGCCCCGUGUUUCUGAGGGUAGAUGUCUCCGGGGAGAGUCACGCAGUGGGCCCGAGGAGUGUUGAGGCAGACGGAGCCUGGGAAGACACAGCAGGCACGUUCCCGGGGACACCAACAGCAACCACCAGUGGCACCUCCUGCCCCGCAUCCUGGGAUGUCAGUGCCCACAGGAAGCCACAGGCAGGAUGAGAUCCAUGUGGUCUCCUCUGUAAAACGAGACGGCAGCAUGUUCCUCCCCCCCACAAAGACGCAGCCAUUGGGUUCCUGCUUCCAAGUCUCAUGGGUCUUUGGAAACUGGAGACAUGCUCUCUGGGUCAUGAGCCCUCCCCAUGAUGAGCCCUGUCAAGACCUCUCCCUCCAUGACAGGCAUCCGGUGGGCUGCCAUUUGCAAUGAUCCCGAAGGUCCCCAUCCCACUGGAUUUCCCACAGCCUGCAGGAUAAGAUCACUCAGGAUGUGGGGUAGCCACAGACAUAAGAGUCCUGACCCUGCAGCCUGCCAGCUGUGUGACCUCAGGCAUUUCCAGUCUCUGGGUCUCCUCAAACCCCCCUUCACAGCCAAAGUCUCAUGCUGACAUUGCCAAUAUGCGCCACUUUCUUUCACCUCUCAGUCACCAACACAACCCAGUUUAGCUUCUGUCCCCGUCUCUCUCCUGGAACAACCACUGGCAUGAUCGCCAAGUUGCAGAAUCAAGGUUUUUUGUUUUUGUUUUGUUUCCUCCUGGAAUUUGAUUCUCACAAUCGUCUGAAAAACAAAAGCUAUGUAAAACAAAUCAAGAACAAUUUUAAAGGUAGGUAGGUUAAACAAAUGGUUAGAAGUGUGGACUUGGGAGUCAACUCUCCAAACUUUGCUUUCCACAUAUGUCCAAUGAAAAUAAUAGAACCACCUUAUAGGACUGUGAUAAGGAUAUGAAAUCCCAUGAAUGUGAGGUGUUACAGCCUCGUUACUAUUUAUAUACAGGUGGCUCUCCAUAUCCUCCAGUUCCACGUCUACAUCCACAAAUUAAGACUAUUCAGGGGAAGAAAAAAUCUGUCUAUUCUGAACACGUAUGGAUUUUCCCCUGGGUCGUCAUUCCCUAAAUAAUACAAUAAUUUACAUAGCACAUUGCAUUAGUAUAAGUCAUCUAGAGAUGAUUUCAAGUAUACAGCAGGAGGUUCUGGGCAAGUACUAUGCCAUUUUAUGGGGUGGGGUGAGGUCCAGGGAGGACCAUGCUCUUGAGGUAAUAAUUUAGGAAGUGACUGCUUUGUUCCCUCCUGGCCACUAGGAGGCGCACUUCCAGGAGAAGAAACCUGGGCAGAAAUAGUCUAAAAGCAGGAUUCGGCUUCCACUUCUGGCGGAAGUAGAUCCCCCUCCUAGGUCUUGGUUCAGAAAGAAUUCCAAUUUUUUUUAUGUAGUCCGAAGGGAAGGGAGGACGCAUUUUCAUUUCUACUUCUAUAUAUUGGUGUCUAAUAAAACAAAGGUGCACUGGACAUUUUUGUAGCGUUACUUCUCGGACACAUCCUUAGUUUCUUUGAAGGACUCGGAGCCGGAAGUGCUC